AUGCAGGUAAUGACAAACGGGAUAUACAAAGCACCAGAGCAUCGAGCCGUCGUGAAUAAGGAGAAAGAAAGAUUGUCAAUAGUGACAUUCUGCUAUCCAAAUCCUUCUAUAGAUAUUGGACCUGUUGAAAAGUUAACUGAUGAAGGUAACCAACAAGUAUACAAGAACAUGACAAAUGCAGAAUACUUCAACAGGUUUUUCGAUAGGAAGCUCUAUGAAUCCUUUAUUGAUAGUCUGAGAUUGUGA